GAAGAAGCAGAUCAAUCCAAGAAAAGAGACCUCCUGACCAGCUAACAUACAGUAGUAGACGUUUUGUGCCAAAACAACGGCAAAGGUGACAGAGAGUUGCCAUCGUCGCUGUGUUUUGCUGUUUUGGGUUUACCCAGUUUCCCCAAACCAGUCAGGGAGCAGAGGUAAUCACGUUUUGGAAUUCCCCACAAUCCCACCCCAGGGAGUUGAGGUAAUUUUAAAAAUAAGCAGCAAAGCUGGUAAAACCUGGCCACACUUGUCACGCUCACUGCACCCAUACCAAUCCAACGAAACUCGCCCCCAAGCAACCUCAAGACAGCAGUGAACAUUUGGAGAUCUCCCCAAGUACCCUCCAAGACCAACUGAAACCUCGUUUUUUCAGUUGCGGUGGUGGUCCCAAGUUUGUGACUUGCAUUCGCGGCGUUUGCGUUUAUAACCGGCCAGGCCGUCGCGAAAGCUAUCGCGAAAUUUUUGCGACGAUCAUCAUGUCAGAUUCUGAAGACAAAAAGCCGGCGGCAAAAAGCCACAACAACGCUGUGGAUGUAGCUGCAGAGGAAGAUUCUACUCAGGAAGAAGACAACUACGCUAGCGCACAACACCAGCUGCAACAACAACAGCAUCACGACCAGCAACAGCAAGUUCAACCAGCGCUCCAGCACCAGCAAGUGGCAGGAACAAACAACCCGCCUCACGCAGCACCCACUCGCCAAACUGGAUCCAUUGCAACUUGGUGCAAUAGUGAGGCGUAUGUUUCUCAGGAUGAAGACAACAUGGCAAGUAUUGAUCAAGAUAUGAUCAUGGAUAUGCUUCGAAUCACAUACACCAUUGGACAUGCUGAUGGUGAUGUACGUCACCAGUUGGCACAAGGGUAUGACAUCUCCCCACCCGAUCCUGGGUUCUUCCUGGCGCGCACCACUAACCACCAGCUGAUUAUUUUAUAUGGAAUCAAAGUUUGCACACAAGUGGGCUCUGCAUGGUGCCAACAAACAGUUGGUUUUGCCGGCGACAUCCCUACAAAUAGCCAGCUUCCAGCAACUUGGUCUACUAAACAUCUCAACACUAUGGCAAAGAUGGUGCAGGUGUCUGCAGUGGUCAAUCUUACCAAGCUACGAGCAAGUGCCAAGGCAAAUCCACAACAGCCUACUCUAGUACCCACCUUCCCAACGAACAAAACUCCUCAGAAACUACCUGUGGUGUCUAUGGUGAAAAUCCCAGCCCCACUCCUCGCCCGAGCUUUGGCAGCUGGAGACCCACAGACCGCUCCUUUGCCGUUUUUAUUAGUAAUUGCGGAGUUUCUGCAUCAACACUCCAAAACCGAAAGCAAACUGCCAAGCACAGGUUUCAAUACUCCCAAGACAAUGCAAGUGUUGAAGAAUUCCCUGUUCGCCUUGGCAAGCUCCAUUACAGGGCGAAAAGACAAUGUCAUCACUGAUACUGGGGUAGCUGCGAUGGAACUUGCCCUUGACACUCUGUCUCACCAACCACCUGAUCAUAAGAGUACACUCUGGGUACAACGCAACUUUCAGACAAUCCAACCACUGGCAGCAACCCUGAAAGCCCCCCCUCCUACUACUACCCAUCAUGUGUCAUUUGCAGCCAAUUCUGCCCCUACAGGACUCCCUGCACAAGCCCCUGGUGUACAUAGCACCAUUAAUCAUGCAAUUUCUGGAUUCUCUGGGCCAGGACUCCCUCCUGCACAAGCCCCUGGUGUACAUAGCACCAUCAAUCAUGGAAUUUCUGGAUUCCCUGGGUCAGGACUCCCUCCUGCACAAGCCCCUGGUGUACAUAGCACCAUCAAUCAUGGAAUUUCUGGAUUCACUGGGCCAGGACUCCCUCCUGCACAAGCCCCUGGUGUACAUAACACCAUCAAUCAUGCAAUGUCUGGAUUCCCUGGGCCAGGACACCCUCCUGCACAAGCCCCUGGUGUACAUAGCACCUUCAAUCAUGCAACUUCUGGAUUCCCUGGGCCAGCUUUCGGAGGACCCACUCCCACCAGUCCUGCUGCACCUUCAGGACUCCCCCCUCCACCCCAAGCCCCUGGUGUACAUAGCACCAGCCAUACUGCAACCUCAGGCUUCCCUGGGCCAUUGGUUGGGGCACCCAACAGCAUCAAUCCUGCACCCUCAGGAUUCCCUGGGCCAGCUUUUGGCACACCCAACACCACCACUCCUGCACCUUCAGGAUUUCCCGGGUCAGCUCCUGGAGCCCCCAGCUUUGUCAAUCCUGCAUCUUCAGGACUCGCUGGGCCAACGUUUGGAGCAGCCAGCAAUAUCAACCCUGCACCCCCAGGAUUCCCUGGGCCAGCUUCUGGAGCACCCAGCAACACCAAUUCUGCACCAGCAUUCGGAUUCCUUGGGCCUCCUGUUGGAGCACCUGGCACCAACAAUCAUGCGCCAUUCGGACUCCCUGGACAACCAUUUGGCACACCCAACCUAGGACAAGGUUUUCACCCUCACUCUGGAUUCCACUUCUCUGGAGCACAUCCAGCCCCCUGGACACCUGCACAUGGACCACCAAACAUGUUUCCAACAGUGGACACUGCUCCAAGAGCUCAAGCCAGUAAAGACAGUGCCUUUUGGCACUUUUCCAUGCCUUGCUUCAGUGGAUGGAUGGGCUUCCCCACAAUGUUUCCCAACCCAUUGGAGAAUGGCAUGCCACGAUUCCUCCCGAUGCUUGCCAAGCUCCCAGCGGGCAGUGCAGAGCUCAACAGCUGCUUUCAAAAUGGAAUAUCCCAACUCUCUGGAACUCUGGAAAAUCGCCAGAACUUUCAAAGUUUCAAUUGGUCCCCUUCCCUCAAGAAGGAGCUCAACACUAUGAGCUUCAAUCUUGACGAUUUGCAGGCGGAUUGGCACAAAGGACUUGGCCCAGGCAUCGCUAUGAGCAGAGAUCGCGACGCUGUCACCCGCAGCAAACGACUCCACUCUGAAAUUGACGAAUAUGGAGGUCUCGGCUUCAAUCUGGGAAGAUUGGACACCCAAAGGUUACAAACCCCAACCCCAUCUGUCCCUAAGGACUAUGCCUCCUUUCUGCAAUUCCUCGUUCGGUACAGCCUUAUUCUUCGCGAAUGGAUGACACAAAACUGCAACCUCUAUCAGAUUACCUGGGCUCUCUAUUUGGAAAUCCUUGCAACCAACCAAAAUGCAUCAUAUCCAGAACAAUGGUAUCAGCGUCAUGGACCCUUCAUCAUCUGGAAGCUCAUCAUCACAGCAAAGCAAUUCUUUGAGCAACGCCGAACACAUGAAACACUACCUAUGCAGGGGGUUGUGUACAUCACUCCAGAUCCCACAAGGUUUGCUCAGGAUAUCAUUCGGAAUGCAUCAACCUUGGUGGCUGUUGAAGAACUCCCCCCAGCUUUUCAAGCAGUGAUACGUCAACAUGUGCCAGUGCACUUGCCCCCGGCACCUUCCCCAGCUGCUGCGCGACCAUCAUCUGCUCCAGCCAUGGGAAGAUCUCCACCAACACCGGCAGCUCCAUCUCAAACUUCUAGGGCAAACCGGCGACAGAACCAGCAGCAGCAGCAACCUAUUGAGCACCGAAACCCAACUCCCAAUGCUCAAUUGGUCCAAUUCUUUGGCAAUCUCCAACAGGAUCCCCAAAUCAAUGCACACUACAAACGUACAGUCAACUUGUGCCAAGCGGUGGGCACAACUUUGUCUGAAGUUCUUACAAGUUUGGGUCUUGACGAGAAUGAUUGCGGCAACUACUACCUCCGUGGAGUGUGCAGGCGCAACUUUUGCCGUAACUCUCAUGGUACUAAACCACUCACCGCGGAUGGCCUUCAGGCUUUCUUGAAUCGCCUGAAUCCUGCCCUCCCCAACUUGCGUGGCCGGGCACCCCCUCAGCGAGCCUGA